AUGAUGUUUACAACUACGAGAGUAAUAUUGUUCUAUGGAAACCCAACUACUUCUGAAACUAAGAUACUACCUCAAUCCAAUCUUUCACAUCCUCCCCCUCCUCCUGAACCUUUUUCAUUGGAAAUUGUAGAAUUUGGAUUUGACUCCAGAACAUGUGAUUACAAAGUACUCAGGAUUUUUGAGUAUUUUACUCUUGAUAACCAACGUGAUUACCUGGCGGAGAUCUAUAGUCUGAGGGAUGAUACUUGGAGAAAACUUGAUGUCUCUCUGAAUUCUUGGGUGUUGCCUAGUUAUAAGUUCCAAAAUGGCGACUCUGAUUAUAAUUAUGAUCAUAGAGCUCAUACGGGUGCAAUGGUACAUUUCAUAUGGUGCGCAAAAGAGAGAGACCAUAGUCGAGAUUUAAUUGUUUCUUUCGACUUGAGCAAUGAGGUUAUCAAAACAACUGCUCUACCAGAUGCUUUCAGUUCUCGCUAUUUUUGGCGGACAAUUCUUUGCUUGAAUGAGCAUGUUGCUUUGUCUCUGUCUACUAAUCAUCAUGUGGAGUUUGGGUAUUGCUUGAAUAUGGAGUUGAAGAGUCUUGGACUAAAUGAUUUACUGUAG